GGAUCAGAGCCUGGGGGUUGUCUGCUGCUAGGUCGGCGCCCGUUUUACAUUUCCUCACUAGAUGGUGUGCAAGCCACUGGAGAGUACACUUCAGCGCGUAGUACAGCUCUGAGAAAACAAACCUUGGAAACUACACACCGCAUCAUUUCUUGUGGUUUUAAGGAAGAGAGGGGUCGGGAUUAACGUUUCAGCUCACAUUUUUCAAGCGCACAACGAGGACAAUAUUAAUCGAGCUGUGAUGGACAUAAUGAACGCGGUGCAGGAUGCGUGUGUCUCCGGUCAGUGGCUCACCGCUAUCAUUCUUAGCCUUUGCUGCGUUCUUCCCUCCUGUAUGCCUGCUGGACAAACUGUGGACUAUUCCUCAAUUACAAGUGCUGUCUUCAAACAAGGAGACACGGCAAUAUUGAGAUGCUACCUGUUGGAUGGAAAAUCGAAAGGAGCAUGGUUGAACCGCUCUAGUAUCAUAUACGCAGGGACUGACAAAUGGUCAGGAGAUCCUCGCGUGUCCAUUGUAACAAGUGUUGGGGACAAACAUGAAUAUAGCCUUCAGAUACAAAAAGUGGAUGUAACGGACGACGGCCUGUAUACCUGCUCGAUCCAGAGUAAGCGCAACAUACAGCCCAAGCACAUUCAGUUAACUGUAAGAGUUCCUCCCAAGAUAUAUGACAUCUCAUCUGAUAUCACGGUAAAUGAAGGCAGCAAUAUUUCCCUCCUCUGCAUUGCCUCUGGCAAGCCAGAGCCGACGAUCUCCUGGAGACACAUCACGCCAUUAGCCAAGAAGCAGGAGAGCGGGGAGUAUUUGAACAUCACAGGAAUAACUCGAGAUCAAGCGGGAGACUAUGAGUGUGGCGCGGGGAACGACGUCUCCUCACCGGACACCAAGACCGUGAGAGUCACCGUCAACUUUCCCCCCAACAUCCAUGAGAUGAAGGGUAACAGCGGGGGUCUGCGUCGUCCUGCCCUGCUGCGCUGUGAGGCGGCCGCUGUCCCCACUGCAGACUUUGAGUGGUACAAGGGAGAGAAGAGGCUGUACAGAGGCCAGGGGAUUGAAAUCAAGAACCUCAGCACCAGAUCUAUACUCACAGUUACCAAUAUGACAGAGGAUCGCUAUGGUAACUACACAUGUGUGGCCAUCAACAGGCUGGGAACAGCCAAUGCCAGCGUGCCUCUGCUCCCAAUUAUUGAACCAACCACACUUAUUGAACCCACCACCACUGGUGCUGUGUCAAGCCCAGCGCCCAACACGGCACCAUAUGGGAGCACGGGGAGCGCCGGCGUCCUGCUGUCCUGCCGAUACCUGAUCCUGGUGCUGUCCUGCGUCGUCACUGUUUACUAGUCCACAGACGGCAGCGCCGCACCGCACCGCGUCGCUUUGCGCCGGCCACACACAAAAUGACUGUAAAGGAAAUGCCCUCCAGCGAUUUCACCAAUCUGUGCUGAUUGCCGGGCCUAAUCUGGUAGAGUUUGUUCAAAAGCAGCGUGGGAUAUAAUCAGCGUUACUUGUUUUGGGGAUGGUCAUUUUUUGCUUUUGUUUUUGUUUCUUUUGUUUGUUUGUUUGUUUGUCUGUUUGUUUUCUGUUUUUGAUUUAGAUUUUCAGUUUUCUUCCUCUGGAAUUAUAUCCAUUGUAAAUAGUUACAAAAUUGUUUUUGGUUGGUUUUUUCGCAUAUUUUUCUGAUUACCCACUUUGUGAAUCAGUUCACAUUGUCACCCCCUCAAAGCAACAAUCCUAGCCAUACUUUUCCACCGAUGGAGGAAUGGCUGCUAAUUGGCUCCGUGUUUGUGUAAGAGACUGGGAAGAGGGACUCAGUGCGCCAGAGCAUCGUUUGCAUACUAAUGUCAACACUGUCACCUAGGUCCUCGUAUUCAUUUAAACCAAACCAUUAAGCAGCCACUGACCUUCACCUCCGAAGCCUCUGACCCCAGAAUAACACCUUACAUCCAGCUUGAUCUGGGAGAGGCCUCCCGUUUCCUUUCUUUUCUUUUUCCCCUCACGUUUGAGUUUAGUCAAAUGGCAUCGUGGGUAAUUUUGUUAUUCUGAAUCUUCUGACACAAUAUCCCAGGUCGAUUGCGGUUUGGGUAGUAUUGUGUCUGAAGAUGUGUGUGAAUGAAUGAAUGAAUGAAUGAAUGAAUGAAUGAAACAGAGAGGUAGAAGCAAACAGAUGACUAGACGUGUGAGAGUGUUAUUGCUGAGAGUGGGACCAUACAGGUAUGAACACUUAAUGAGUCUCUAAUGGAUUCUUAGAACAUUGCAGCAUCAGCAAAAUGCUCCUUUCUGAAAGCUUGAGGAAGCAGGACAAAAACAGAGGCAGAAGUCACACUAAACAGGCUGAAUGCACCACUGGCUAUCUGUUUAAGCGCCAAUCCCUACGAUCCAGAGUAUUACUUUUUUAUUUCCUUUUUAUCCAUCCAGAAUUUAAUUAUGAACUCAGAAUGAGAGAGAGAGAGAGACAAAGAGUCUGCCAGCAGCAAAAUCCUAUCCGUGCCAAAAAAAGUUAAAGCCAGUGUGGAGAUAUUGUCGUUUAACUCCGAAAACAGAUUGCUGUGUCACUCUCUUUCCUCCUGCUCCAUUCAUAAAGGACAAACAGAAUCAGUGUUUAAACCAUUACCUGAGUGGAAAAGAAUAGGAUCACAUGGGUUGUUCACAAGAAUGAAUUAUGUGUUAGAUUAUGAAAGAGUAUUCUCCUGGCCUAUUUGUCUCCUUCAGAAAGCACAUGCACUGUAAAAUAUUAGCACACUCGACAUAAAUCAGUCAAACAGGAUGAGCUGACAGGGUUAGGUUAUGCCAACAUGUAGUGUCAAUUUUGUGUAAUAAACUUGACACUUCACAUUGACAUAACUUAUUCUAAACAACAGAAUUACUUGACUGAGUUCUUUUGAGUUUGCUAAUCUUCCUUUACAGUACGGGAUUAUGUUACUAGUGUUCUCAGAGUGAUUGGGGGGGGGGGGGGGGAUUUGACCAGUAUUUAUUGUGACUGAAUAUAUCACCAUGUCUGCUGUUAUUGUAAGUUAUUUUAAUUUUGUUUCAAAGCUAUGAGGGAUUUUACUUUAAAUAAAAUUAUCAGUAUGUUUCAUUUGUUUGUUUGUGAAGAGAUUUAUGAUAGGUUUUUGCAAUAUAUUCUGUUUGUUUAUACAGUAAAUAUGACAUAAUAGAUAUGGAGGGAGGGGGAAACAUUGUUCAAUAACCUCAUUUAAAAAGCAUUAACACACAUCGAACAAAAAUGUGAAAUGAUUAUCAAAUGAGAGAAGUACAGUAAGACAUAGUUUACAAUGUUUGUCUGUUAUUUUAGAUGCCAUAAAUGCAGUUGGUUCUUGUCAAAUAAAUAGAUGAAAAUGAAGAAAAAAAAAUAUUUGUAAUCCAAUUAUCUACUUUUUGAAAACUCAGAGGAUGUGAACCAGUAACAUACUGUAGAAAUGAGUCACUUGUGUGUAUAUUUGAAGGCAGUAGAAUUCAUUUUUUAUCUAACCUGUAGAAGCCAGGGGUAAGCUUUAGUAUGACCUCGACAUUCCUACACACUCGCUGUGUGGGUGACGAUGUGCAGAAAAUAUGGUUGUCCUGCAUGUCAAAUUAAUGUCUUUUAAAGGUGGCCAAUUAUCACAAGACGAUAUUUUAACCAGUUUCAGGAAUGUUAUGAUGACGCGAUUUCAUUACAUCACUGGGAAUGUACUUACCAUGUAUUGCAUAAUAAUGGUUUUCUGUUUCACCUACUUCUGUUGAGUAUAACUGUGUAACAAAAUAUUGUGAGACUGUUUUAAACCUGGCACAGUGGUGACUGCACCGUAGAAUGGGGUCUGUGUUCUCAACACCUAUGUUAAUGGCUUUCUAUGAGUAUAAAUGUUGUUUCGUUGUGAAUGAACCCAUGUUUACCCUGUGAGUAUUAGAGUUGACAGAUCUAUACAGACGCAGCAUAUAUUUGCAUAAAAAAGACAUCUUAAUCAACUCUGUGUUGUGCAAUAUAUUAAUACAGCCUAAUUCAUCCACUAACUUCACCUGUAGCAACAGAUUAAACUCAUAAGAAGAAAUUCAUUCAAAGCAUUUGUAUUAAAAUGGCAUUUUCGAGGUGAAUGUCUUUGCUGAGCUUCACGGUCUUUUGCAGACACCAGUGUGCCACCACUAUGUUUGUUUGGGGUGUUUGUAUGCUACACCUAUGACCUUUUUACGAAGCUUUUAAUCAGUAACAUUUGGGAUGGAAUUUGAUGAAGGGGCUUUUACUGGGCUAAGUUUGACGUUUCUUUAGCCUUUAUAUUGCUUGACUGAAUUCCCCCGAGACUUUAAAAUAGUAAAGUGUACACAAAAUUUCAAAGUUGCUUGACCUGUUGUGCUGACCCCCCUUUUUCUAAGCAAAAUAACCAAUCAGAGAGGUUUAUUUUUCCCUGCUUAUCAAAUAGAAGCCAUAUUGCAUCAGCAGUGGUCUUCCCCCUUACGAAGCGAAAAAGGUUCUCUGCCUGGGUUAUCAUUAGCAGCCUUUUAAAUCCUCCACUGUCUGAUAAGGGGUGUUUAAAUGCUCUUUUAAUUAUGACUGGCCCGUGCCCCAGUGUUGGACGGGAGGGCGUCCGAGGCGGAAUUAGAGGAAACACUAGGACCCUCUCUGACCUCACCUGAAACGACGCUAAUCACUUGGACUCAUGGUCAGUGCUCUGAAUGAGGACUAGACGUCUGAUGUUUCCUUUUUCUCGUUGCUUAAUUACCAAGCAAAGAUCAAACCUGAGUCUACAUGGGGAACAUGUACUGUAUUGAAUGUGCCUUUAAAGUAUUUGAGAAGUUAAAUACCAUCUUCAAGCCUCAUGUUGAAACUCAUUAUUUUGUGUGUGUGUGUUACAUUUAAAAGAUCUGCUCAUUGUAUUAACGUGAAUGUCCUCAAGUGAGUGUGAUUUCCAUACAGAUCAAACAUAUACGUUUAAUUAUGCAUGGUAUACAGUUAACUCAUACUUCAUCAUUUGAUUUGUGUGUUGCUAGUAUUGGACAAGUUCAUCUUGCGUUAAUGAUGGAUUUCUUUUUUAUUGCUACUCAAACAUUUAUGUUCAUAAACAGAUCCAAUCCUGUCUCACCAUUGAGGAAAACAGACAGGAUACAGCCCAAAGACACAGUUGAUCACAGCUGAUGUUUGAGAAAUUAAAUGUGACCGAAAAUAUAUAUAUAUAGUUUCUCAUGUCGAUGCAUGUUUGCUUUUUAACUGAGCCUAAGUUCUCCUUAAUUAUCUCCAACCUGUCCAAGCAUCUAACAACUAACCUCAGAGAUUCUAAGCUGAUGUUACGAUACAGAAACUUUGCACAGUGCCAAGACUUACAAAUGUUUGGCCACUCAAUGCUGUAUACCUUCCUCAACAGUCAUUGAAAUUUAAUAAACGAAUAUUUUGAUAUUUUAAAAAAGAAAAAACAAAACCAAUCCAAAUGCACUAGGGAAAAGACCAUAUCUGGUUCAGAAGCGUGAGCUGCAGUCAGUGAUUCAUGCCCGCCCAUCGUCCUCCUGUAGAUUAUUUCUGUUCAUUGGGACACACACACUUUUACUGGUGUGGUGACGAUAACGGAGAACAUUCGCAUCGCUGCUGCCCAUUCUUCUCCUCAGACGCGCUCGCCAAAACAGACACUCUGCCAACGGUUAAUUUCCUGUUGUCGAGACGUAUAUGAUGUAUGCCAUUUGCUAGCUAGGACAAGGUGGGGGUACAUUACCAUGAUUAAAAUCCUCUCAAGCCAUUCUCUCUCUCUUUCUUCUCUCCCUCUCUCUCUUCUCUCUCCAUCUCUCUAUUCUCUCUCCAUCUCUCUUCUCUCUCCCUCUCUCCAUCUCUCUCUCAGUCUCUCACCUUGCCUUGUUCAUUACCAAGGCAUCUCUCACAAAGUCAAAAGGGGGAGAGCGGUGAGGUGAGGUCAGGAGCGUUGACUCCUCCGGACCCACGCCCGCGGCUCCUAAAAGCCUUCCUGUGCCUUUGUAAGUGUUUUUGCCAAGGGUGUUUGGAGGGGGCAGGGGUGGCUGCCUCCACAGCUCUCAGUGAUCCAGGAGCACUCUGCGGAGCUCAUGGGAGCUUUGUUUUUAUUUCUUUUUUCUCAAACUAUUUAAAUAACACGCGAAAUCAGACUCCACGAUACGCCAUGACAUUUGUCAUUCUGCAGGGUGCGAAGCUUUCUUCUCUGUCUACCUACCUAUAUAGCCACCCACUCUCUCUUAACGCUCUAAACGUGUUUAACAUUUGAAAGCUCCAUGUAGUCAUGUAGAUUUGCAAAACAAGCGCCAUUGUGUGCACUUGCUGCAAGCUUGGUGUUAAGUUAUUAACAUUGAUCAUUAACUUUAAGAGAAAAUGUCACAUGAAUGUGUUUUAAUUAUUUUAUCAGGAAGUUUACACCCACCGCCUCUACACACACACACACACACACACACACACACACACACCACCACCACGGCCCCCACCACCCACAUUCCCAUCUUCCAUCACACACACACACACACACACACUGCCAACCUGAGAACACAGAGCUCUUAUAAGGCUCCCUAUUUAGUGUUAACAUGGCCCUCAGUAUUCCCAGUGAGCUGGAAAAUAAGUUUGCUAAGCAAUGGUGCAGACUGACGCAAUUCAAAAUAUUUAACAGAACAGUUUAAUCCUGUCCUCUGUUCUCCUCUCCUCUCCUCGCUGCAGGCAAAUGUACAGCACAUAGGGCCAGUUUGUUUAUUGUACGACAAGUUCAGCUGUCAGCAUACAACAUGCUCUAAAUCAGAUUCAGUCAGUUGGGAGAGGUCCAAUGCAAGGAGAAAUCACGAUCGCGCGACUGGCAGCAAAUUGAGUCUUGUUCUUUGAUAAUGUACAAUGAGGCAACCGAGAUCCAUUCCACUUUUAAUGUAUUGACUGUCAUCCGAGCAUCAGAGCUUAACUUAUUGUUGCCGUUCAGUAUGAUCAUGUGUUUAUUUGAGGGGAAAUAAUCAAUAGCCUUCAGACUGACUAAUCCGCAAGACCAUGUAGUAUUACAAGUUUACAAUGAGCGACAUUUGUUAUUAGUUCAGCCAUGUUUCAUCCUUUCUCGUUGUUGUGGAUCAAUUCAUGUGUUUUUUUUGUUUUGUUUUGUUUUUUUUGGAAAAUGUAUUAAUUUAUUUUUUCUCUUUCACUACAA